ACCGCAAAAUGGCGUCGAGCGGUGUUGUGGAAGAGCACAUGGGUGAAAAAUCAAAACAGAUGCAGUCCAUAGUUUCAAAAAUUGAAGGUUCGGUGUUGGAUUCAUUUUCAAAACUAACGUCAAGUGUUGAGAAACAAAGAAUAUCUGGUGCUGUUUACAUUUUAAAUUAUCUGCAUCUUAAAGAAUCAGAAUUCGAGAAGGAAGGCAUCUGUUUGGAGACCUCGUACACAUUGAGUCGGCUCGUUCGUGGACUGGCUUCGCCCAGACUUGACAGUCGAGCUGGCUUCUUUUCCACAUUAGUGGGUCUGUUGUCAUCGUUUAGUUCAAUAAAGAUUGAUGAUGUUUUCGCAGCCAUUGAUAAAGAACUGCAGUCAACAGGCAGCAAAACGAAAGGCGAGACUGGUGAAAUAUACAGUGGACGUGUUCUUGCAUAUGGCUCAUUUAUUGAAUCUGGUUUAUUUCUGAAAGGAACUGCUGAGCAACAAAAAGAAAUAGUGAAGAACUUAUUGGAGGCUGGAUCAAAAAAGAGUUAUUUGCCUCUUGCAGCAACCUCCUUUAUCAUAAAAAUUUUGAGUAGUAUUGAUGAAACCUUAUUUCACAAUAUAUUGUGGCCAGUCUUAAAGGAUGAAGUUGGCAAACCAUGGGAAAAUCAGUCUCUGGAAACACUGUAUAUUCUGCUCUUAGCAAGCAGGCAGUAUCCAUCAGUGGUUAAAAAGAAAUUUAUGAUGAAACAUCUUGGCACACCAGGACUUAUUGUUGAAGACUCGCUGAAAGCCUGUAGCAAACUGCUUAUGGAAUCACCAGUUCAUACUGCAGACCAGCAUCCUGUGUAUGAAGAAUUUUGCCGGCAGUUGACAGAAUCUGAGCAUUUAAUAUUAUUUUGGGAGACUGGAAUCGAUGCACAAUUAUCCAAACCAACUAACAAAAGGAUGACACUAGCUGUGGACAUGCUGAUAUACAUUUUGAAGCAUUUAAAGGACACCACUUUGAUACCACAAUUACUUACUUCCAAUUUUAUGAUGUCAGUCGUAAAAUCUUUCAGUGGGAAGAAAACAGAGAAUCUGUUGUUGGAGAAAAUGCAGCAUUUCCUGGAUAUAAUGAUAAAAUUACUUGAAGGUGCCACUGAUAAGUGUCGUAUUGCAGUUAUUAAGAAAAUACUGUUUUAUCCUGGUGAUCUAUUUUUUGAAAAGCAUUCAGGUACUAAGACUGUACAGUUGAUUUCAAAACAAUUAAAUACUGAAGGGGUAAAGAAACUUGCCAAAAUGUAUCGCCACAUUUUGAAUGGAUCAUCAAGCCGGAAAACUGGACCAAAUGAAGCUGAUCAACAAUCGUGGACGGGUUGGGAACGUCUUUAUGCUGCACAGCUAAUGACCAGACUAAUGGGUCAUCAAGCCGUUCAAGAAGAGAUGGACUGGAAGGUGAAGCAGCUACAGUUUUUUAUUAAUAUAGGAUUAUUCCACAAGUCUUCAUCUGAAAAUGAAAUUGCUAUAAGGACACCCUUGGCAGCUGGUGUGAAGGGGUGUUUCUUCCGAGCUCUUGAUCAGCGCAUGCCAAAACUUGAUGACCUCCGGACUCUGUUGAGCCGUGUUACGCAUUACAUCAAUGCACAAAUGUUUGACAAUGAAGUACCUGCAGUGCUGAGGCAGCCACUUUCAGACAAGUCAUUACAAGCAUGGAAGGAGAUGAUAAAUGUAGUGCAGGAACUUGAACAAAAAGUGGGAGAUGGCAGUGGCACCAACAAAGAAGAAAAAGCAUCUGUGAUCCCAGUUUUCCAUACAAUGUUCCUUCACAUGGGAUUACAACUUUUUGCAGAUCCAACUAUGGCGGAGGAGGCACUGCAGGAACUCCACAGCUGUUUGGCACAUGUAUCAAGUGGCACUCAUAAAUCACGAAGGCUACGAGAAUCACAGCUGGAAUACGGGGAACCACAUUGGGUGGAAGUGGCAGUUGACUUGCUGCUUUCUUUGUUAUCUCAUAAUUCUCACCUCUUACGCAGUCUUGCUGGCUGUGUGUUCCCACAUCUUUGUAUGCAUCUUACACCUACAGCAGUUCAUCAGAUAUUAGAUGUUUUGAAUCCAAAUGCUGAAGAGAAUCCACUGACUGGACGUAAAGAUUAUAGUGACAGUGAAGACAGUAGUGAGAAUGAAGGAGACGAUGAUAGUGAAGAUAGUAACAGCAGUGGCAAAAAUACUACAAAUAAACAGAGAAAAAAUAAAAAAAUGGCCACAAGUAGCUCUGUAAUGCCAAAUGAAGCCCAUUCUGGUGCAGAUGCAAAUGAAAAUUCCAACAGCGAAUCUGACAGUGAUUCUGAGGGUACAUUUUUGGAUGAAGAAAUGGAUGAAGAGGAUAUGAAAGUUAAUGAUAAAGUACGCAUGGCUGUACAACAGGCGCUGGGCUCUUCAGCACCUCUGACUGACACUGAGUCAGUUGACUUGGAUGAAAUGGAUGAAGAAGAAGGCAAGCGUUUGGAUGCUGCUUUAUCACAGGCAUUCAGUUUAUUGAAACAAAACAAAAAAGCCAAAGAGAGCAAAAAGCAGUCUCGUGACGAACGUGCGUUGACCCAUUUUCGUAUUCGUGUUAUUGAUUUGCUGGAAGUAUACCUUGCCACUGAACCUGAUAUGGCUCUGUGUGUGGACAUGCUUUUACCGUUGUUUGAGUUACUGGAGUUCUGUAUCCGUGAUGUACAUCAAAAACCUCUGGAAAUGCGUAUUGGGAGCUGUUUGAGAAAGCUUUCAAAUGUGAAGAAGUUUUCUACUGUGUCCAAUGUAAACCAGAAACUGUUGGCAGAAAUAUUAACAAAACUGCUGGACAAAGGAGAAAGAAAAGCAGCCGUUUACAUUGAUAUGAGCCCAAAAAUUACUGUGUGUUGCAUUUUCCUUUUGAGGUGUUCAGAGUACCUGAAGAACACUUCCAGUGAAAAUCCCUCAAAAAAGAAAAAUAAAUUACAGAGUGGUUCACAGGAUAUAGUUGAUAUUUACAGAACAGCUCUAGAAAAUUUUUUCAAUAAAAGGGACUGUUUGCUGCAAGUUGAUUUAUUUGAUUCGGCCUUGAAAAUAUUCUGGGAAGGGAACUGGACGUUGGUACCAUUUCUUGUGUCUGCUGCCUUCAGUCCUGAAGUGCGUCCUUUUAGGAGGAAUCAAGCAAUAGACCUGUUGAUCGCAUUUUACAAAAAUCACAGGCUUCUUUCAGCAGCCAGUGAACACCAAAUGAAAAUACUAGCAGAAAUAGAAAAAUCUAUAUCAGAAAACUCUAUUAAGAUGUUAAUACAGCUCGCAAAAUCAUCACUGAAAAAUGCGGCAGGGGAUGCCAAAGAUGCCUUAACAGCUCAGGGAGUGAAACAAAAAUUUGUGUGUGAAUUGCUGAAAUUAUUGCUGUUGAUCAGACACACGCAUGAAAGGUGCAAAGUCAAGAAUAGCGUUGAUUGGCAGGCAGUUGCCUCAGCUCUCACAUUGUACAAGGAGGCUGCAGAAAUGUCUACAAAUACAAAAGCCGCAUUCAACAAAUUAUGCCAUGUUUUGAAUAUCAGUGCAAAAAAAGCUACUAAACAGAAAGAAGAAAAUCCAAAUGGAGCGUUUGUGGAUAAAAUCAAGGAGGAAGUUGAAAAGCAUACACAAGAACUUGAUUACGUAAACGAAGAGGAUGUUGAUGAACCCUCAGAAAAUGACAGUAAUCAAGGAGGAAGCAGUGAAGAUGAUGAAGCUGGAAGUGCUGUGAAACUGUCAAAAAAGAAAGAAAAGAAGAAAAGGAAACAUUCAAAAAAUAAAGCAUUAAUGAAAAAGGAGUCAAAGCAGUUACGUUUAAAUGCAGUGUCAGAAGGGAUGGACAAUGUUACAUUUUCUGGCAUUGACAUUGCAGAAAUUAAAACUGACGACGACGAAGCGAAGAACAUUUUAGUGAAGGGCAGUUACAAGAUCAUCCAAAAUGGGCAUGUGGAUGGCAUGGAUUCUUCACUAGAUAAUGUUGAGCUAAGCAUAAAGAAACGAAAACACAAAGAAAAGAGUGUAAGUGAAUCUGUGAACAGAAAAAAGAAGAAAAUUUAUGUGACUGAGUUGUGAAUAUAUACUCCUAAUGACUAACAGAAGGUGUAAUAAAUGACUAAAAAUCAUAGUGUGGCAUUCACAAAGACCGUAUCAAUCGCCAAUUUCCAUUCCAUACUUUCCCCGAUUCUUUGAACUUAGUUCAAAUCUCAUUCUGGAAUAACAGACUGAUGGUUUUAAUUGCUGGUUAUCCGAGGACUUCAUAAAUUGUUUUAGUGCAAAUAUUUGUCAUUAGUACUACAUCAGUAAUUUUCAUGAUUUGUUCUCACAUCUUGAGGAAGUUGGAAUUAGAGGGGAAAUGCUGAAUAGUCAUUCAGCGUGUAUGGAGAAAUUGCCAUGCCUAAAGGAAUUGUCGUUAUUUGUUUCAGCAAUGUUAACUGUUGUAGGUGGUUGUUACUGUUUGAUAAGCAGCAGUAUGUGAUAUUGUACAUUUUUGUAUGUAUGUGAGAUAAGUAUUUUUGUUGAUACACUGUUUCCAGUAGCUGUUAAUAACUGUAUACAUAUGAUGACUGAAAUACAUGCAUUGAAUUUUUUUAAAUAA